AUUCCAUUGCAAUAUUAAAUAAUUAAAUAUUUUGCCACCCGAAGAAAAAACUUCCUAAAGUAUUUCUCCCUUUUUCUGUCUCCCUUUUCAUAAAGCCUUUGCCUCCAUUCAUGGCUACCUGAACUUCCUUUUUUUCUCCACCAAUUUUUUCUCUAUAAUUCUUUCUGUUCCUAUUGUUAUUUCCAUUCUUCGGCUAUGUCUAGGAAGGAACAAGUUGGUGGCAUGGCAAAGGAGGAAGACUCGGGUAGCCCUUCAUUUUUUAUGCAGACAAAGGAGGAUGUGGCUAAAGCUGUCGCUACUGCUAUGAAUUCUCCAAGGCCCUCUGUAAUGUAUCCAUCAAAAGAUAAUCCUCGGGGAAGUGGGAUUGGAAGUAGAAGUGGAAGUAAUAGUCAACUUCAAAGGCUGCAGUAUCAAGUUACAAAAAUGAUAAAAGGAUUUUCGCGGCCUUCUGAUGUUAAAUAUAUGAAUUAUAAUCCCGAAAUUCUAACGAGUCAGAAACGUCAGUGGGCUACAAACUUACAGUUGCAGUACAUGGACCAUAGAUCUUGGAAGGAGCCAACGAAACUGUUUGAAAGCAUGGUGAUUUGCGGACUUAAUCCUAAUAGUGAUAUCCAGGAACUGCAAAGUCAAUAUCUUUUUAGGAAGUGUGGAGGUCAAUUUCGUGUAGAACCCAACAUUGAACCUCAGGUCUUAUUUGUUUACCCUCCAGAGAAACAGUUGCCUCUUAGAGACAAGGAUCUUCUCUCUUUUUGCUUCCCCGGUGGCGUGGAGGUUCAUGGUAUUGAGAAAAGUCCCUCCUUGAGUGAGUUGAAUGAAAUUCUUUAUGGGCAGGAACAUAUUAAACAGCGGGAUCUGUCAUUUGUAUUUAGGUUACAGGGUGCUGAUAAUUCAACACUUUAUGGGUGCUGUGUGUUAGUUGAAGAAUUAGUGCAAAAGCCCUCUGGACUGCUCUCCCUGAUUUCUCAAAAGCAGCCGUCUAACUUAUCUCUUAGACGCUAUUUAUUGAGUACAAAGAGAUGUUACUGCAUUCUCUCAAGGCUCCCAUUUUUCGAGUUGCAUUUUGGCGUCUUGAACAGCAUUUUCAUGCAAGAACGGCUAGACAGGUUGACAAAAAGUGUUGGAGAUUUAAAUUUAGAGUUUGAUGAUUGUUAUGAAGAAACAAACUCAGAGGGACAUUCAGAGUGUGUAUUGGUAAAUGAAAGACCAUUAGAUGAUACUGAUGAAAAUCCAACUGUUUCUCAAUCAACCUUAGGAUCCUUACCUGCGAAAUUUGAGGGUUACAGCAAUCCUCCUGAGCAACAAAUGGUAAAUGUGAAGCUGGACACAUUGAAGUAUAGAGUCAAUAAUGAAAAUUCCAUGCCAGUUGGUCCUGAAACACAGAGAAAAACUUUGAAAGAAGAAUCAAUCCCUGCUCAUUUUGAGGAUAGUGAUGUGUAUGGAGAUGCAUUUGUGACAAACAAGCUUUCAGAAGAUAAGCGUUUACCAAAUGCUAUUCUUCCACUCCUGCGUAAUGGCCAGUAUGAAAGCUCUGAAUCAUCCUGCAGCUUUCAAAGUUCACCGUGUGAAGAUAGGAAUUUCAGGAGUGAUCCUGAUGAUACUGAGACAGAAGAUGCAUCUAUCUCCGGCCAAGAUGAUUUAAAUGACCUUCAUGAUAUUCUUGAAUGGGCCAAGGCAAAUAAAUGUGCUCCACUACAGAUUAUUAGUGAAUAUUAUUGUUUAGGUUGCCCUGCAAGAGGUUCAACAGUUAGAUUUCAUCCGUUGGAGCACCUGCAUCCUGUGGAAUAUCACCGAUCACAUGAGAUAGUCCUAAACCUUGCUAGUUCAAUUGUUGAUUUGAAGUCUUGCAGUUUAGCUCGGGAAUUAGCUGAGGCACAUCGCUCUCUUUUUGCCGAGGAGGAGGCAACUGCAUUAUCUAUAUGGGCUGUUGCAUGUAUAUGUGGUACCUUGAGACUUGAAAAUGUGUUAACAUUCUUUGCAGGAGCACUACUAGAAAAACAGAUAGCUGUUGUCUGUUCCAAUUUGGGAAUCUUAUCUGCUUCAGUUUUGUCGGUUAUUCCCCUAAUCCGACCCUUCCGAUGGCAAAGCUUGCUAAUGCCGGUUUUACCAAAUGACAUGCUUGAAUUUUUGGACGCACCUGUACCUUUUGUAGUUGGUGUCAAGAACAAGACCAAUGAAGUUCAGUCAAAAUUAACUAGUGCUAUUCUGAUUGAUGCUAAUAGAAACCAGGUAAGGUCUCCGACAAUACCUCAACUUCCAAGACAGAAAGAGUUAAUGUCUUCUUUACGUCCUUAUCAUGCUACUCUUGUGGGAGAAAGUUACUUGGGUAGGAAAAGGCCAGUGUAUGAAUGUACUGAAGUCCAGGUUGAAGCUGCCAAGGGAUUCUUGUCAGUACUAAGAUCUUACUUGGAUUCCCUUUGCUGUAACCUCCGUUCUCACACCAUAACCAAUGUACAAUCAAAUGAUGACAAGGUAUCCUUGCUUUUGAAGGAGAGCUUCAUUGACUCAUUCCCAAAUCGUGAUCGGGCUUUCAUGAAGCUUUUCGUCGAUACACAGCUCUUUUCCAUGCAUACCGAUCUUGUUCUCUCCUUUUUCCAGAAGGAGUAGGGCUGAAAUGCAAGACACUGUUGAGAAUAUAUCAUUGCCUUGCCAAGCUUGAACACAAGUACAAUGUUGUAUAAUUUUUCUCUAAAUUAAACACGGACAAAAAUGUCCUCUCUUACCUACGUCCAUUUUGUCCUCUUUAGGCCUUAAUGUAGCGCCUGUAUAUAAUUAGUUUAAUGAUAGAUCCAAUCAUAAUAAGUGCUAUAGGGUUUUAUUCUAUGUAAAUGGCAUUUUUUUAACACGCCAUAAGGAAAAAGAUUUGAUUUAUCUUCGAGAAAGUUAACAUUUGGAGUUUGAGGUUUGGAAGUUGUUGUAAAUAGCUUAAUGUAAUGCUGAGUGUGCUCUGUUAAGUUUCAUAGCCUACAUGCAAAAUGUGGUACGGUUUUUGUGGUGUAGAGCCUUUGGAGGAAUCAUGAAUGAGGUGAGACUACAAAUUUAAAAUGGCUGCUAAGAAGCCUUUAAGAAUACUGAGGUUCUCUGUUGUGUUUAGUGGAUUAGUACGCUUUUUUAUUUUAUUUAUUUUUAUUCUUUUUUUUUUCAUUGACAAGGAAGUUGGUUCACUGUA